AUAGGGCCCAUGGGCAAUAGGGGAUCAUGGGGCCCCUGUGUCCUAGCACACACUCAAACCACACCCAAAAAAGCCUAUGAAAGGUACCAGGGGCAUCUCAUGGGGCCCCUGCUGACCCCAGGCCCUUGGGCAGUGCCUGAGUUUCCAAAUGGUCAGUCCGCCACUGCACCCCACAAGUUUUCUAUUGGAUUAAGAUCCGGGGAUUGGGCUGGCCACUCCAUAACGUCAAUCUUGUUGGUCUGGAACCAAGAUGUUGCACGUUUACUUGUGUGU